UUUGUGCGCCAGACCAAGCGGGUGAGCGAGUGGAGAAUGAACUUCCCUCGCGGCUUGAGGAGAGGAGUUGCGCAGUGGAGCUUUCUAGAAUAAAGGGUAGACCCGGGUGGGACUUCCGGCUGUCGGGAGUCUCCUAGAGUUAAGACCGAAGUUAAACAUGAUAGAUAACUUCUAGCCGCCGAAGUGUCCGGCAGUUUCAAGCUUAAGACCAAAUGGCGCCACCCACGCGACGCGGGAUCUAGUUGGAGAAGGCGGAGGAGGAACGUGGGACGCAGUCUGAGCGCGAGGAAUCGCUGGAGGCCUCAAGGAAGGGCAACCUAGAGCGGUUUACAGGGGCGUGGCUUGCUGCCGCGUCCCGCCCCCAUCAGUCCCUAGCAGGCGCCCGACCCACCCCAGUCGGAUCCGAGCGCUUUUGCAGAGCCGCUGCGAUCUGGCGAUGGCACUACCGCUGCCCCUGCUCUGUCUCUGCAUCGCAGCCGCGCACCUAGUGGGAGCGCGAGAUGCUAACCCCACCAAGGAGAGCACUGCAGCCACCAGGGAUCUUGUAGGAUGGCCGCCAGACCCCGGCCAGCCCUCGCCAGCCCUGGAGGACUGGGAGGAGGCCAGCGAGUGGACGUCGUGGUUCAACGUAGACCACCCCGGAGGAGAUGGCGACUUCGAGAGCUUGGCCGCCAUCCGCUUCUACUAUGGUCCCGCGCGCGUGUGCCCGCGGCCCCUGGCCCUGGAAGCGCGCACCACAGACUGGGCGCUACCGGCCUCCAUGGGCGAGCGCGUGCACGCCAACCCGACACGCGGUUUCUGGUGUCUCAAUCGGGAGCAGCCCCGAGGCCGCCGCUGCUCCAACUACCACGUGCGCUUCCGCUGCCCAGUGGAGGCCGCGUGGGGCGCAUGGGGCGCGUGGGGUCUCUGCUCCAAGAGCUGCGGGCCAGGCCGCCGCCUGCGCCGCCGCAGCUGUCAAAGCUCUUCUGGGGAUAUGUGUCCUGGGAGCCCCCAGGAGGCGCAGAAGUGCGUGAGGUCCAGGUGCCCAGGGUGUAGCUCUGACAGCUGUGGGUGCUCUGACCACAUCCUCUUGGGCUCAGUGGUCACUCAAUCUGGGCAACCACUGCCAGGAGCCAGGGUCUUCCUUCGAGCCCGACCUGGCACUGUAGCCACCAGUGACACCCAUGGAACCUUCUGGGUUCCUGGCGUCUGUGCUGCCAGUCAGGUCAAUGUCAGUGCCCAGAUGGAUGGCUUCUCAGUUGGUACAGCCCAGGCCCAUGCCAACAGCUCCAGCUCAGCCGUGGUCACCAUCGUCCUUAAAGAGUUAGGAAAGCCAUACCUGGUAAAGCACCCCGAGUCCCGAGUGAGAGAGGCAGGUCAGCAUGUGAUCUUCUGCUGCAAGGCUUCGGGGACCCCCAUGCCUAAAAAAUAUUCCUGGUUCCACAACGGGACCCUGCUGGACCGGCGCCAGCACGGGUCUGGGCCGCACUUGGAUCUCCAGGGGCUUCGCGAGGACCAGGCAGGGGACUACUACUGCAAGGCCUGGAACGAGGCUGGUGCCGUGCGCUCCCGCGCCGCCCAGCUCACAGUGCUCGCUCCCGGCCAGCCGUCCUGCGACCCCCGACCUCAGGAACAUUUGAUCAAGCUUCCCGACGACUGCGGCCAGCCCGGCGGCGGCCCCGCAUACCUAGACGUGGGCCUGUGCACGGACACGCGCUGCCCGGGCCCCGCGGGCUCCGGUCCUCGCUGUGGGGACGCGGGCGCUCGCUGCUGCUCAGUGCUGCGCCUGGAGAGCAGGGACAUCCGCUGCUCCGGCUACGUGCUCCCGGUGAAGGUGGUGGCCGAGUGUGGCUGUCGCAAGUGCCUGCCCCGACGGGGGCUAGUGAGGGGCCGCGUGGUGGCUGCGGACUCGGGGGAGCCCCUGCGCUUCGCCAGCAUCCUGCUGGGCCGUGCGCCCAUCGGCUUCACCUCCUAUCAGGGCGACUUCACCAUCGAGGUGCCGCCGGCCACUGAGCGCCUCGUGGUGACCUUCGUGGACCCGAGUGGCGAGUUCGUGGACAGCGUUCGCGUGCUGCCUUUCGACCCCCGUGGCGCCGGCGUGUACCACGAAGUCCGUGCGCUGCGCAAGGCGGCCACAGUGCUGCUGGACGCGGAGCGCGGCGGUGCAAUCCCGUUGGGCGGCGCGGAAGAGGCGGCGGCUCCUGCGCUAGGUGAGCUGGUUUUGCCGCCCGGUACCUUCCGCCACUCCGACGGCCGUCCCUACGCCGGGCAGGUGGAGGCGCGUGUCACCUUCGUGGACCCCCGUGACCUGGCGUCGGCGCGCGGGGCGUCCAGCGACCUGCGCUUCCUGGACAGUUCGGGAGAACUGGCGCCGCUGCGCACCUAUGGCAUGUUCGCGGUUGACCUGCGCGCGCCCGGCUCUGCAGAGCAGCUGCACGCGGCGCGCGCGACCGUGCGCGUGGACGCCGAGCACGUGCGCAUGCCCGGCCACGCGGAGGCUCUGGCUCUCUGGUCGCUGGAGCCGGAGCGCCUCGGCUACCAGCGCACCGACCACGAGGACCCGGCGCUCAAGCGCACCGGCUUCCGCGUGAAUCUUGCGCGGCCACGCGCGGGCCGUGAGUCCGAGGCGCGUGGGCCCGUGUAUCCGUGGCGCCGUCUGCGCGACUGCGAGGACGCGCCGGUCACCGACAACCACUUCCGAUUCUCGCGCGUGGAAGCGGACAAGUACGAGUACGACGUGGUGCCGUUCCGGGAAGGAGCGCCCGCCUCGUGGACUGGAGACCUGCUGGCCUGGUGGCCCAACCCGCAGGAGUUCCGCGCGUGCUUCCUGAAGGUGCGGCUGCAGGGCCCGCAGGAGUACAUGGUACGCUCGCACAACGCCGGCGGCACCCACGCGGCCACUCGCGGCCGCCUCUACGGCCUUCGCGACACCCGCAGCGUGCGCCACCCCGAGCGCCCCGGCGCCUCGGCCGCCUGUGUGGAGUUCAAGUGCGGCGGCAUGCUGUUUGACCAGCGCCAGGUGGACAGGACGCUGGUGACUGUGACCCCGCAGGGCAGCUGCCGCCGCGUGGCCGUCAACACGCUCCUGCAGGACUACCUAGCCCGCCACCCACCACCUGCUCCCAACGACGACCCCACGGCCUUCGCUAUGCUCGCUCCGCUCGACGCGCUGGGCCACAACUAUGGCGUCUAUACGGUCACUGACCAGAGCCCGCGGCUGGCCAAGGAGAUCGCCAUCGGCCGCUGCUUCGACGGCUCCUCCGACGGCUUCUCCCGGGAGAUGAAGGCGGAUGCAGGCGUGGCUGUCACCUUCCAGUGCCGUGAGCCCAGCUCCAGACCCAGCCUCUUCCAGCGGCUGCUGGAGAACCCGGAAUCAGCGCUUGGUAACAUCCGUAGGGAGAUGGGCCAGACCCCCCGCGAUUCCCGGGUUGCCCAAACCCAGGCCAGAGAUUCUGGCCCCUUAGGCGUGCACCCCGGACAGUGAUCUAGUGCACGACCUCAUUCCUGUUCCUUGCUUUAGACUUUGUUGUCUUCAAAAAGCCUUGCCCUAUUUGUCCCCUGGCUUCUGGUUCCCGUUUUCCCUUUCCUGCCCAGAAUUCGGUAAAGACCAAAACUACGGGUGCUGAUGGAAGUUUUGGGCAGGCAGCUGUGGCUCUGUGACCGGAAAGAAUGUCCUGCUGUGGUUGAAGCCAGGGCCGGGGACAUGGUUGUCCACCUGAGGCCUGUGCUUCACUCCAGCUGAGGCGGGUUCUGGUUCACUCCCAUGCCCUGUCCUUUCUUUCAGGUGCCCUGGGUCCGCAGCCUGUUUGUGAUCUGUGUGUGGCUCCCUGCCCAGCUUUGGUUCUUUUGGUUCUGAGGUCAUAUUUAUUGAGAUAAAGUCCCAAGCAGGUGUGAGUGGGGGUCCAUGGGGAAAAGGUGCUUUGGGGUCCCCAUGCAGUGAAAGCCAGGGUACUUGGGAAUGCCCUCUGCUUGGGGGCAGGUGCUAUGUGCUCAAUUAAAAAAAUGCUUUAUUCCCAA